GAUACAUACUUAACGCACGACUCGCCCAGUGUACGAAAAACCCACUGUACAGGCCGAAAGCAUAAAGACAAUGUGAAAUUUUACUAUCAGAAAUGGAUGGAGGAGCAGGCCCAGAAUUUGAUAGACGCCACCACCGCAGCCUUCAAGGCAGGCAAAAUAGCCAAUAAUCCGUUUGCAGGACCUGCGAAGGGCGGCGUAGCCAUUCCACCUCCUGCUCAGCUAUUGGGGCAACGCCCCGGUGCUCCACAAGCCCCUGGAAUGAUGCCACCUGGAGCUAUGGGACCUGGAGGGCCGAUGCCUCCAAUGGUAAUGGGGCCGCAUGGUCCCAUGCCCCCUAUGAUGGGGAUGCGGCCCCCCAUGAUGGGCAUGAUGCAAAUGGGGCCCAUGGGCCCUAUGGGGCCGGUGCGACAGCCGCUUGUGCCGAAAUAACUACAUGUUUUGUGAGAAGUUUAAUGGAACCACUCUAAUUGUUAGAUAGGUAUUAAAUGAAACUGCUACACUAAACAUUCUGGCAUAUA